AUGGGGUUCUUCGACCUCAACAUACCCUACCCAGAAACCUCCACGAAAUCCGAAAAAUCCACCGUCGAAAACAACCGAACAAGACUCGCCGUGAAAGCCAUGGAACUAGGUUACACCGGAAUCGCUUACAACCGCACAAUGAAAGGCGUAAUGUCCGAUAAACACCGUUGCUCAAUCUCCCCACUCUCUCUCACUACUCUCCUCAACAUCGUUCCCUUUCUCUCCUCGUCGGCAAAGCUUCACCGUGACCUCCUCGGUGUUCAAUCUUCCACUCCGUUUCGGCAGUACACGCGUCUAACGGUUUGUGUUGAGAAUCCAUUGCAGGGUAAUGCACUUAAUGAUGGGAACCCGAUUUUGAAAACAUACGAUUUGGUUGCUGUUAAGCCUUUGAAUCAAACUGCUUUUGAUAUCGCAUGCGAGAGAAUGGCGGUAGAUAUCAUUUCGAUUGAUUUUUCGGCUAAGUUGCCAUUUAGGUUGAAGCAGUCUAUGGUUAAAAUGGCUACGCAGCGUGGUGUUGUUUUCGAAGUUUCAUACUCUGGUCUUAUCACCGAUGUACAGUUAAGGAGACAGUUGAUUUCGGGUGCCAAGCUGUUGAUUGACUGGACUCGGGGACGAGACAUUAUAUUUUCAAGUGCUGCUCCUUCAGUGAAUGAACUUAGAGGGCCUUGUGAUGUUGCAAACUUGUUGUUACUAUUUGGGCUCUCCAAGCAGGAAGCUAAAGCAUCUAUAUCUAACAACUGUAGGAUUCUCUUAGCCAAUGCUCUAAGGAGAAAGCGAUUUCACAAAGAGGCAAUACGAGUAGAAGUUUUAUCAUCCGACUUAGCAUCUCAUUCUAAGGAAUCUCGACAUCAAGAGUUACUAAAGUGGGAUCCUCUCUCCAGUGGCGAAGGUGAUAUCCUGUUGGAUGACAUGGAAAAUUCUCGUUCAAUCUCGUCUAAAGCACCCAAGACUGCAAAAGCCAUUGACUUUGUUUCAGUACUAGAUAGCCUUCCGUCUCAAGGUUAUCAAGUCCAGGAUUUCAUACCUGCAGAUGAUUCUUUCUCGCUCUUCUCAACUAAUAAGGUAAACUUUGCGUCCGUUGCCGAAAAUGUAAAUCGGUCAACACACAGGCUUGAUGUUUGUCCCAAUCAAGACCAGAGCUCAUCGCAGAAUGAUAUAACAAAACAUCACAUUGUGAGAUUUGGCAAUAUUUUUGAGAAAAAUAUACACAGUGGAACUACUGAUGCUUUUCAUUCUGAAGUGAUAGAGACCGAGACAAAUGGCGCAAAGUUGGAACUACAAAAUUCUGUUGAUUCAGAUGUACAGAUGGAUGACAUGGAAAAAUCAUUUAUAACCCCUUGUAAAGCAUCAACAGUAGCAAAAACCACCGUCGACAGCUAUAAUAAUGGAAAUUUAUUUCCAGUUGCUGAAAAUGUUGAUCAGUCAAAACCUGUACCUAACAACUCAACCGAGCAGCCCGACAGGCUCAAGGUUUCUCCCGAGCAAGAUGGAAGGUCAUUAUUUGACACUGUAAAAACACAUCACAAUGUAGGCUGUGAUGAUGUUUUUGAGAAAAAUAUACAUAACAAAACUAUUGAAGUCUUCAAUUCCAAGGUAGAGAUUGACACUCAGACAAAUGGCACAAAUCACUCGAUUCAGAAGUUUAUCGAUUCAGACGUUGAUUGCGCCCCAUUUGAAGCAAAAGUACGUGAUUCACAGUCAGAUUUGUGCAUCUCAAGUAAUUUGUUGGGUACCGUAAAACCACACGAGAAUGAGAAACUAAUCAUAUCUCUAUAUGAUCCUAACAAUAUCGACGAGAAAUUAGAAGUUUUUACUCCAGCCAUAGGAAUCAAUUUUCCGUCUCCGGUUCAUGAAAAAGAGAAUGAAAAUAACACCGACGUCAAUUUAAAUGCACAUUUUGCAACAGUGAGUGAAAAUUUGCCAAAGGAAGAUUUUAAAGCUGCAAAGCAUGCAGUUCUGGAUAGUAACACAUCUACUUCUGAUGCAGUUGAAGUUGACGAGAUGAUGAACAUGGAUGUUCCGUUCGAUUCAGGUCGAUCGCGUGUGAAGCGAAGGACACAUCCACUGCAAAGGACACCUCCACUUUCAUUUCCCUUGAAGCGAUUGUUGAAUGCAGUGCCUUUUAAGAAGAGAUGUAAAAAACACAAGAGGAGAACUAAUCCAAAAUAA